UCCUAAAUGCCUUUUCGGCAGUAUGUUUCCCUCCCUUGGGUUCAAGGAAGUGUUGAGGGGGCGGAUAGUUUGAUUUUUCUUUGGAUCGUGCCUAGCCAAUAAUGUAGAAGGAACUGUUUUGCACAUCUCAGCUGGCAGACAUUUAAAAGGGAGACAGCCAGGCGCUGCUGCAAUUUGUACCAAAAAACAGUCUCCCUUUCUAUGGAAUCGUUAGCAACUUUCGACUUCCAUCACUGCGCACGUCGACUGCCAUACACUCGAUACAACUAACUGCUCCUUGACUUGGGCACGUUAAAACCACUUUUCAAGACUGAGUACGGCUUAUGUUGUCAAAGAAUGGGCAGAAUGACCAGAUCUCUUCAAGUGGUCUUCAGCACGGUGCUCGUCCUUGGUUUGCUGUGCAGCUCCGCUGAGGCAAAGAAGAAAAGCACAGCUUCUCAAGGAGCCAUCCCCCCUCCCGGCAAAACCCAACAAAACAACUCGGAGAAGCAGCCGCAGUCUCAGCCACCGCAACCAGACUCGGGGAACCGGGGACAGAGCAAAGGCUCCUCUACGCCUGUUGAGGAGGUGCUGGAGUCUAGCCAGGAAGCCCUGCAUGUCACGGAGCGCCAAUACCUGAAACGUGACUGGUGUAAGACCCAGCCUCUUAAGCAAACUAUCCAUGAAGAUGGAUGCAUCAGCCGCACCAUAAUCAAUCGAUUCUGCUAUGGUCAGUGCAAUUCCUUUUACAUCCCCAGACAUGUGCGCAAGGAAGAAGGUGCCUUUCAGUCGUGCUCUUUCUGCAAGCCGUUCAGAUUCACCAAGAUGACUUUCACUCUGAACUGUCCGGAGCAGCAGCCCAGCACCAAGAAGAAAAGGGUGCAACGCGUCAAAGAGUGCCGAUGCGUUUCUAUAGAUCUUGACUAGAUCAGUGUUUCAUGCUCUUUGUCGAUUAGUGUCAAGAUGUAAACUUUGUUUCUAACCAAACAGGGAAGCGCUCAUUCGCGUUGCAUCACAAUAUGACUGUUAAACUACUAAAAGAAAGUAUUCCCUCAGCAUCAGAUGACCUGGUCCUUCGGGGGACAAUAGAAUGAAAAAGGUUUUCUUCCAAUUUACGAUCAGACAGAAAACAACUCGUAUUUCACCAGAUAGGAACACUUUUGUUUCACUAAUUUCAGAGCUUUCCAGGAAAAGAAAUUCAUGCCUUUUCAUAUUUAUAGUGUAAUAACCAUAUAACCACACUCACCGCUGUAACUUGCGACACAGGUUUAAUAACAGUAACAUGCUUGAUUAUACAAAAUACACUGUGACGAGUGAAUGGUGGAAAGGCUUGGCGACCUAUUCACAUAAAAUAUCUUCCAAACAAAAGUCUUUCAGACCACUUCGGCGGGGUAUACGCCAUUUGUUUUCAUUAUCCCACCUGCAUUUAUUUUAUUUUUAUUGAUUUUAAAUAUUGACUGUGUAAUAGAUAGUUUCCACUGUGUGGAAUGUGAAUAGACAACAGAGUGAUACGAAUAUUUAAUGUAAUUAUAUGAGUCGUUUGUACGAUUAAUAUGAAUGUUACAAGCUUUUCUGUGAAUCUUUUGGCCUACACUGUUUUGUGUCAAUGAUUUCAAAUGGGUAGAUGGAUAUAGACUGGUAAUAAACACCAGUGUCAAGCUAUUGAUGACAUUGAAAGGGAACUCUAAUAUUCUUCAAAUGAAAGUUUAAAAUAUAAAUAUACUUUUCGUUGAUUUUCUUCAGCAACUGUAUGUGAAUUUCUUCAGACAACUGUUAAAGAACUAGCCUAUAUAGUAAUAAAUUAACACGUUCUCCUGCAUGAAAAAGUACAUUUUAUACAAUUGUUGUGCAAUAUGCAGGACUUGCUUACCGAGAAACAAAUUAAAACAUUUUUAAAAUUGAA